UCUGCCCGCAGGGAGCAAGCCCUGCUGAAGGCCCGCGUGGUGGACCAGGACACGGAGGCGUGGCAGCGGGACCCCGCCUUCGCGGGGCUGCAGAGGGUCGGCGGCGUGGACGUGUCCUUCGUGAAGGGCGACAGUGUCAGAGCCUGCGCCUCUCUCGUGGUGCUCAGCUACCCGGAGCUGGAGGUGCUGUAUGAGGACAGCCGCCUGGUCCACCUGACGGCCCCCUACCUGUCGGGCUUCCUGGCCUUCCGAGAGGUGCCCUUCCUGGUGGACGCGGUGCAGCGGCUGCAGGAGAAGGAGCCCAGCCUCGUGCCUUCCCUAUGGCUCUUCCAGGUCCUCCUUGUGGAUGGAAAUGGGGUGCUCCACCCCCGAGGUGAUCCUGCUCCCGAGAGGCGGUGGGGAGGGCUGAGGGAGGGGGGACUCCCAGGAUGCCGGCCCCCACCCAGCCGGGCGCUGACAACUCCUCUCUGCCUUGCUGGGACCCCCCACACCAGGAACGGGGCUCCCGACUCGCUCUCUCUGGGAAGCAGCUGGAGGACAGGGCACGUGUCUGUCCGUGCGGCCCUGCGUCUGCGUGGGGCCGUGGGCAGGGACCCCGCCUUCCCAGCCCUGAGGAGCCAUGACCGCAGCACCAAGCCCCUCUACGUCUCCGUGGGCCACAAGAUGAGCCUGGAGGCGGCCGGUGGUGGGUCUCAAGCUGCCCCGUGGCCCUGGCUCCAGGGGCCUGUCCUGCGUCCACCCACAUGUGUGACCGGAACUGCUCCAACCGCAGAGCUGGCCCCUUGUGCUGGAGGGGCAGGCCCUGUCGCCAGUGGGGCCGACAUCCGCUCCCGAGACUACAUUCGCAGGACCCUGGGUGGCCCCAGGCCCCCUGCCCCCGGGCAGGAGAGGCCCCUCGGAGUGACCGAAUGGUGGCCUCCGGGGGACCUGUCCACCCAGAGCCUCGGAAGCGUGAAGGACUUGAGACGAGGUCUUCCUGGGGGCGUGGCCCUCAGGCCGAGGCAGGUGUCGGAGAGAAAGGCAGGGAUGGGAGACUCGGGCCCAGCUGCCACGGCCACGAGGGGGAGAGGCCUGGGGCAGGCUCCGCCUCUGGGCUCAGCAGCCGCUGGGACCUGGGGUGGAGGAGCCCUUUCUGAGCCACAGGCUCGGGGCGGCUGCCCUGGCCACAUCCUGCCUCACACGGCCCCACCGAAGGCAGGAGCAGCUCGUUCCCCGACUCCCUUGCAGCUAGAGGUGGGCCUGUGACCUGGGGCCUCCACCAGUCGCCCAAGCAGAGGGAGUAACCCCUGGAAGCAAAUGACCCAACUCUCUCUUUCUCUCUCUUUAUUGUUUCCGCUUGGUCCAAGGACGGGAGAGGGCUCCGGGGUUAAAGGCAGGGCAGGGAGGGGCUCCGGCAGAAGCCAGACUCCGGAGGCAGAGGGGCUCGGCUCCAAGUGCCUGAGGGAGCCUUUCGCGGAGACACGCCCGCCCAGCCCGGGCGAGUCCGGCCGCCCAUCCUCCCAAUGAGCUUCACCUGCUCACCCAGGACGGGCUCCCAGGAAGUGAGAGCGCCGGGCCU